CCUCCAACAUGGCGGCGCCCAGGGGUGCGAGCCGCAUGUGAUGAGGUCUGAGCUCGUGGGAGCCGGAGUGUGCAGGACAGUCAGCGGGGUUCCCUCCGUACCGUGGAUUGCAUUCCGUCGCCCCCACUUAGGUCCUUGCGUGCCCCCGCCUCUCUGCAGCCAUGAAGACAAAGCCCGUCUCCCACAAGACCGAGAACACGUACAGGUUUCUUACAUUUGCUGAACGACUGGGGAAUGUGAAUAUUGAUAUUAUUCACCGGAUUGAUAGAACUACAAACUAUGAUGAGGAAGUUGAAACCUACUUUUUUGAGGGUCUGCUGAAAUGGAGAGAAUUGAACCUUACAGAACACUUUGGCAAAUUUUACAAAGAAGUUAUUGACAAAUGCCAGUCCUUCAAUCAGUUGGUCUAUCAUCAAAAUGAGAUAGUUCAGAGUUUGAAGACUCACCUGCAAAUCAAGAACAGUUUUGCCUAUCAGCCCCUUUUGGAUUUGGUUGUACAGUUGGCACGAGAUCUGCAGAUGGACUUCUAUCCACAUUUUCAGGACUUUUUCCUGACUAUCACCUCAAUCCUGGAGACUCAGGACACGGAGUUACUAGAAUGGGCUUUCACCUCAUUGUCCUAUCUUUACAAGUACCUGUGGAGGCAAAUGGUGAAGGACAUGUCCAAUAUAUACAGCAUGUACAGUACACUCCUGGCUCAUAAAAAACUACAUAUAAGAAAUUUUGCUGCUGAAAGUUUUACUUUUUUGAUGAGAAAGGUUUCUGAUAAAAAUGCACUUUUCAAUUUAAUGUUUGUUGAUCUUGAUGGACAUCCAGAAAAGGUAGAAGGAGUUGGACAGUUGCUCUUUGAAAUGUGCAAAGGAGUUAGAAACAUGUUUCAUUCCUGUACAGGAAAGGCAGUGAAACUAAUUUUGCAAAAACUAGGACCUGUUACUGAAACAGAAACUCAACUACCAUGGAUUUUAGUUGGAGAAACACUCAAAAACAUGGUCAAAUCCACUGUGUUCUACAUCUACAAAGAACAUUUUGAUACAUUUUUUGAAUGUUUGCAAGAAUCACUCUUAGAUCUACAUACAAAAGUAACCACAGCUAACUGUGGGGAAAGUUCUGAACAGAUAGGAAGGUUGUUAGAAACAUAUCUGAUACUUGUGAAACAUGGGAAUGGAUCAAAGAUAACCAAACCUGUUGAUGUUUGUAAGGUGUUAUCUCAGACGUUACAAAUAGCCAAUCUUUCUACAACUUGCCGGGAAACCCUCUUGGCUGUAAUUUCUGCUUUAAUCCUGGGUGAAAAUGUUUCCUUGCCAGAGACCCUUAUCAGAGAAACCAUUCAAAAAACUUUUGAGAGCAGAUUUGAAAGACGUUUAAUUUUGGAAUUUUCUGAAGUUAUGUUUGUCAUGAAGCAGUUUGAGCAGCUUUUUCUACCCAGCUUUCUCUUGUAUAUUGAAAAUUGCUUUUUGACUGAUGAGGCUACUGCCAAAGAUGAAGCUCUGGCCGUUUUGGCUAAACUUAUUCUGAACAAAGCAGCACCUCCCACUGCUGGCUCAAUGGCAAUUGAGAAGUACCCUCUGGUUUUUUCACAUCAGACGGUGGGAUCCUAUUUAAGGCAGAAGAAGACUAGACCCAAGGGAGGAAAAGAACAGAUCCCAGUAUUGGACCACCUCUUGUCUAUAAUUCAGCUACCCCCAGAUAAAGAUAUUACUUACCUCUCACAGUCUUGGGCAGCCCUUGUCGUGUUACCUCAUAUUAGACCUCUAGAGAAGGAGAAGGUUAUACCACUAGUCACCUGCUUCAUAGAGUCACUCUUCGUGAAUGUUGACAGAGGCAGCUUUGGAAAAGGAAACUUAUUUGUUCUUUGUCAAGCUGUAAAUACUCUGCUAAGUUUAGAAGAAUCUUCUGAACUCCUUCAUUUGGUUCCUGUGGAACGCGUGAAGAAUUUAGUAAUAACAUUUCCCUUGGAGCCAUCUGUGUUGCUGUUAGCUGAUCUCUAUUAUCAGAGGUUAUCAUUAUGUGGCUGCAAAGGGCCACUUUCUGAGGAAGCCUUAAUGGAAUUAUUUCCCAAGUUACAAGCAAACAUUUCAACUGGUCUAUCCAAGAUUCGGCUCUUGACAAUAAGGAUCCUAAACCAUUUUGAGGUUCGACUUCCAGAAAUGAUGGAGGAUGAUGGGCUUUCAGAGCGUCAGUCUGCCUUUGCUGUGUUACGCCAGGCAGAACUCGUUCCAGCAACUGUGAGUGAUUACAGAGAGAAACUUCUUCACUUGAGAAAACUAAGACAUGAUGUGGUGCAGGCAACAGUCCCUGAUGGGCCAUUGCAGGAGGUGCCACUUCGUUAUUUAUUAGGAAUGUUGUAUGUUAACUUCAGUGCCCUCUGGGAUCCUGUUAUUGAACUAAUAAGUUCUCAUGCACAUGAAAUGGAAAAUAAACAAUUUUGGAAGGUCUACUAUGAACAUCUAGAAAAAGCAGCUGUACAUGCUGAGAAGGAGCUACAAAAUGAUGUCAGAGAUGAGAAGUCCAUUGGAGAUGAAAGUUGGGAGCAGACUCAGGAAGGAGAUGUUGGAGCUCUUUAUCAUGAGCAGUUAGUGUCGAAAACUGACUGUCAGGAAAGAUUGGACCACACCAACUUUCGAUUUUUGCUCUGGCGAGCUCUGGCAAAAUUCCCAGAGAGGAUAGAGCCACGGUCCAGGGAGCUCUCCCCACUUUUCUUGAGAUUUAUCAACAAUGAGUAUUACCCAGCAGACCUGCAAGUCGCUCCGACCCAGGAUCUGCGAAGGAAAGCCAAGGGGGUGGCAGCAGAGGAAAUAGAAGAGGAACCUGCUGCUGGAGAUGAUGAAGAGCUGGAGGAGGAGACGGUGCCCGUAGAUGAACCCUCACAGAAGAAAAAGACCAGAAGAGCUGCAGCAAAGCAGUUAAUUGCUCAUUUGCAAGUUUUCUCUAAGUUUUCAAAUCCACGCGCCCUAUAUCUGGAAUCCAGAUUAUAUGAGCUAUAUCUUCAGUUGUUGCUACAUCAAGAUCAAACGGUGCAAAAAAUAGCCCUGGAUUGUAUAAUGACAUAUAAACAUCCACAUAUCCUCCCUUACAGGGAAAACUUGCAAAGAUUGCUUGAAGACAGAAGCUUUAAGGAAGAGAUAGUGCAUUUUAGCAUUUCUGAAGAUAAUACGGUAGUGAAAACGGCCCACCGAGCAGAUCUGUUUCCUGUUCUGAUGAGAAUUUUGUAUGGCCGAAUGAAGAAUAAGACUGGCAGUAAAACUCAGGGGAAAUCUGCUUCAGGCACUCGUAUGUCCAUUGUUCUGAGGUUCCUCGCUGGGACCCAACCAGAGGAGAUCCAGAUGUUCUUAGACUUGCUGUUUGAACCUGUGAAGCACUUCAAAAAUGGAGAAUGCCAUUCUGCUGUCAUUCAAGCAGUAGAAGACUUGGAUUUGUCUAAAGUUCUGCCUUUAGGUCGUCAGCAUGGUAUCCUAAAUAGCCUUGAAAUAGUAUUGAAGAACAUUAGUCAUCUGAUCAGUGCAUACUUACCAAAGAUUUUGCAGAUACUGCUAUGCUUGACAGCAACUGCAUCACACGUCCUCGACCAACGAGAAAAGAUACAACUCAGGUUUAUUAACCCACUGAAAAAUUUAAGACGUCUUGGAAUCAAAAUGGUAACUGACAUCUUUUUGGAUUGGGAGUCUUACCAAUUCAGAACAGAAGAAAUUGAUGCUGUCUUUCACGGUGCAGUUUGGCCCCAGAUCAGAAGGCUUGGAUCUGAGAGUCAGUAUUUUCCUACUCCUCUGCUGAAACUAAUUAGUAUCUGGAGCAGAAAUGCAAGAUACUUCCCUUUCCUGGCUAAACAGAAACCUGGGUACCCAGAGUAUGAUAUCCUAACCAACGUUUUUGCAAUUCUCUCAGCAAAGAAUCUCUCUGAAGCCACAGCCUCUAUGGUGAUGGAUAUAGCCGAUGACCUUCUUAACCUUCCAGAUUUUGAACCCACAGAAACACUUUUGAGCUUGCCAGUAACUGGAUGCGUAUACACAGAAAGUGCAGAUGAAUCUAUCACGAUGGGAGGACGAUUAAUUCUGCCUCAUGUACCUGUAAUUCUCCAGUAUCUCAGCAAAACCACAAUAAGUGCAGAAAAGGUGAAAAAGAAAAAGAAUAGGGCACAAGUCAGUAAGGAACUUGGCAUUCUAUCAAAGAUCAGCAAGUUCAUGAGAGACAAAGAACAAAGUUCUCUACUCAUUACACUUCUCCUUCCUUUCCUCCAACGUGGCAAUAUUGCUCAGGAUACAGAAGUUGAUAUUUUGGUGACAGUACAAAACCUGUUAAAACAUUGUCUGGAGCCUACAAGCUUCCUCAAGCCUCUAGCAAAACUCUUCUCAGUUAUUAAGAAUAAGUUGUCAAGACAAUUGCUUUGUUCAGUUUUCCAGACACUUUCUGAUUUUGAGAAUGGAUUAAAAUAUAUUACUGAUGUUGUCAAGCUUAACGCCUUUGAUCAAAGACAUCUUGAUGAUAUCAACUUUGAUGUUCGCUUCUCAACAUUCCAGACGAUCGCCUCUUACAUUAAAGAGAUGCAAACUGUGGAUGUUAACUACCUAAUUCCAGUUAUGCAUAAUUGUUUCUAUAAUAUGGAGUUAGGAGACAUGUCUUUAAGUGAUAAUGCCAGCAUGUGCCUAAUGAGUAUCAUCAAAAAGCUAGCUGCCUUGAAUGUCACAGAGAAAGAAUACAGGGAAAUCAUUCAUUGUUCACUCUUGGAGAAGUUAAGGAAAGGAUUAAAGAACCAGAUAGAGAAUAUUCAACAGGAUUAUACCACAGUGCUUUCCUGUUUAAUUCAAACCUUUCCAUAUCAACCAGAAUUUAAAGACUUGGUGCAGCUUACUGAUUGCCAUGAUCCAGAAAUGGACUUCUUUGAGAAUAUGAAACACAUUCAGAUUCACAGAAGAGCAAGAGCCUUGAAGAAAUUGGCAAAACAACUAAUGGAAGGCAAAGUUGUACUAUCUUCUAAAACUCUUCAGAAUUACAUCAUGCCUUAUGCCAUGACUCCAAUUUUUGAUGAGAAAAUGCUCAAGCAUGAAAAUAUAACCAUUGCUGCCACAGAAGUUAUUGGAGCUAUUUGCAGACAUCUCUCUUGGUCAGCAUAUGUAUAUUACUUGAAACAUUUCAUUCAUGUUUUACAGACAGGACAGAUCAAUCAAAAGUUGGGUGUCAGUUUGCUAGUAAUUGUGUUAGAAGCAUUCCACUUUGACCACAGAACUCUUGAAGAACAUAUGAGAAAAACUCAGAAUGAGGAAAACACAAUAGAAGUGAUUGAGUUGCCAGAGCAUGAAACCAUGGAAUUAGAGCAAAUGGAUGAGGAAGAGAAGGAAAACAAAUGUAAAACUUUGUCAGACGACAACAAGGAAUUAGAAAACCCUGAUCCAGCUAGUCGUGAAGGGACAUCAGCUAAAGAACCUGAGUGUAUCAUGGAGUCUAUCUCUUUCCUUCCUCGGAAUAAGGAAGAAUUGGAGAAAACAAUUAAAAAUAUCCAAGGAACGAUAACUGGGGAUAUCCUACCCAGACUCCACAAAUGCCUCGUAUCUACGACUAAAAGGGAAGAAGAACACAAGCUCAUUAAAUCUAAGGUUGUGAAUGAUGAGGAAGUAGUUCGAGUUCCUUUAGCUUUUGCCAUGGUUAAACUGAUGCAGUCCCUUCCUCAAGAAAUUAUGGAGGCUAAUCUGCCAAGUGUUUUGCUCAAAGUAUGUGCCCUCCUCAAGAACAGAGCACAGGAAAUCAGAGAUAUUGCACGCAGCACUCUAGCAAAAAUAAUAGAAGAUCUGGGUGUGCGUUACCUACAAUACAUUUUAAAAGAAUUACAGACUACCCUUGUCCGUGGAUAUCAGGUCCAUGUGCUAACUUUCACUGUGUACAUGUUGCUACAAGGCCUCACCAACAAGCUACAAGUUGGGGAUUUGGACUCUUGUUUAGAUAUAAUGAUUGAGAUUUUUAACCAUGAGUUGUUUGGUGCCAUCGCUGAAGAGAAGGAAGUGAAGCAGAUCCUCUCCAAAGUCAUGGAGGCACGAAGAAGCAAGAGUUAUGAUUCUUAUGAAAUCCUGGGCAAGUUUGUAGGGAAAGAUCAGGUUACAAAACUUAUCCUUCCAUUAAAAGAGGUCUUACAAAAUACCACAAGUUUAAAACUGGCCCGGAAGGUUCAUGAAACCUUGCGCCGAAUCAUCGCAGGAUUAAUUGUGAAUCAAGAAAUGACAGCAGAAUCCAUCCUGUUGCUCAGUUAUGGUUUGGUCAGUGAAAAUCUCCCCCUGUUAACAGAGAAAGAAAAAAACCCAGCAGCCCCUACAGCGGACCCACGCCUUCCACCCCAGAGCUGUCUUCUGCUGCCCCCAACUCCAGCUCGAGGUGGGCAGAAAGCUGUUGUGAGCAGGAAAACCAACAUGCACAUAUUUAUUGAGUCUGGGCUUCGGCUUCUGCAUCUGAGUCUGAAGACUUCCAAGAUCAAGUCUUCAAGUGAACCUGUUCUGGAAAUGUUGGAUCCUUUUGUCUCUCUCCUCAUAGACUGCCUUGUCUCCGUGGAUGUGAAGGUGAUCACAGGUGCUUUACAAUGCCUGAUCUGGGUCAUGAGGUUCCCUCUGCCUUCCAUAGAAACAAAAGCAGAACAGCUGACCAAACACCUUUUCCUGUUGCUGAAGGACUAUGCAAAACUGGGAGCUGCCAGGGGCCAGAACUUCCACCUGGUAGUAAAUUGUUUCAAGUGUGUGACCAUACUUGUCAAGAAAGUGAAAUCUUACCAGAUAACCGAAAAGCAGCUUCAAGUUCUACUAGCAUAUGCUGAGGAAGACAUUUAUGAUUCUUCAAGGCAGGCCACUGCAUUUGGUCUUCUGAAGGCCAUUUUAUCCAGAAAGUUAUUGGUCCCGGAAAUCGAUGAUGUCAUUCGGAAAGUAUCCAAGUUGGCAAUUUCUGCACAAAGUGAACCUGUCAGAGUCCAGUGCAGACAGGUUUUUCUGAAAUACAUUCUUGACUAUCCCCUGGGUGACAAAUUGAGACCAAACUUGGAAUUCAUGCUUGCUCAACUGAAUUAUGAACAUGAGACCGGGAGAGAGUCUACUUUGGAAAUGAUCUCCUACCUCUUUGACACAUUCCCUCAGGGGCUGCUCCAUGAGAACUGUGGAAUGUUCUUUAUUCCUCUUUGUCUAAUGGUGGUGAACGAUGACUCUGCCAUGUGCAAAAAGAUGGCAUCCAUGACAAUCAAAUCUUUACUCAGGAAAAUCAACCUUGAGAAAAAAGACUGGCUCUUUGAUAUGGUUAUCACCUGGUUUGGAGCAAAAAAGAGCUUAAAUAGACAGCUGGCUGCCCUCAUCUGUGGCUUGUUUGUGGAAAGUGAAGGAGUCUCUUUUGAGAGAAGACUUGGAACUGUUCUUCCCAUGAUUGAAAAGGAAAUUGAUCCUGAAAACUUUAAAGAUAUCAUGGAGGAGACUGAAGAAAAAGCUGCAGAUCGCCUUCUGUUUAGUUUUCUUACAUUGAUUAGUAAACUCAUCAAGGAAUGUAAUAUUAUUCAGUUUACCAAGCCCUCUGAGACGUUGAAUAAAAUCUGGAGUUAUGUGCACUGUCACCUGAGACAUCCACACAGCUGGGUGUGGCUCACUGCGGCCCAGAUUUUUGGAUUACUCUUCGCCUCUUGCCAACCAGAGGAACUUAUUAGAAAACAGAAGACCAAAAAAACUAAAAAGAAACUCUCAGUACCCGUAGCAGUAAGAUUUCUAACAAAUGACCUUGAACAAAAGAUGAAAAGUAUCUCCCUAGCCUCUUGCCAUCAGUUGCAUUCCAAAUUCUUAGAUCAGUCUCUAGGAGAGCAGGUUGUUAAGAAUUUGUUAUUUGUAGCCAAAGUCUUAUAUUUACUGGAACCUGAAUCUGAGGAUCAGCAAGGUGAGAGGGAGGAACAAGCAGCUUUAGGAGAUGGUAUGGCCAGAGGGUCCUGUGCCGAGGAGACGCUGGACCCUUACAAAGAGACCGAGGCGGCAAAGGAUGAGCACGGCAGGCCGGCCACGCUGCUGUGGUUGGUGCAGAGGUUGUCCCGGAUCGCGAAGCUGGAGGCUGCCUAUUCACCUAGAAACCCUUUAAAGAGAACGUGCAUCUUUAAGUUUCUUGGCGCUCUAGCCAUGGAUCUUGGCGCAGACAAGGUGAAGCCGUACCUCCCCGUGAUCCUAGCUCCUCUGUUCCGAGAGCUGAACAGCACCUAUUCGGACCAGGAUCCUUUGCUGAAGAAUCUAUCCCAGGAAAUCAUAGAGUUACUCAAAAAGCUGGUUGGGCUUGAGAACUUCUCCUUAGCCUUUGCCUCUGUACAGAAACAGGCUAAUGAGAAAAGGGCACUCCGGAAAAAGAGGAAGGCUUUAGAGUUUGUAACAAAUCCUGAUAUUGCUGCAAAGAAAAAGCUCAAGAAACACAAAAAUAAAAGUGAAGCCAAGAAGAGAAAAAUAGAGUUCUUGCGUCCAAGCUGUAAGACCAAGAGACAAAAGAGCUACAGCCUGAAAGAUUUAGCAAUUGUGGAAUGAUGUGCCCCCUCUACUGAUAAAGUAUCUCAAUUUACCCCAAAGCAUGAAUUUCUCAGGAUAUCUGCUGGUCUGAAAUCAUAGCAGGUUUUAUUAUUUAAGUUAAACUGGCAUAUAUUGUAUAUUAUACAGUUUAAUAGAAUCAUGCUCAGAUUUUUUAAAUUAAAACAUUUUCAUAAUUCUACUGUAUCUUCACUGUCUAAAAAACAUGUGACAGUAGUGAUAAUUUUUUUAAGGCAUUAAAAUAGCAAGACAGAAUGUAGAAGUUAGAAAUAAGUGAUUUAUAAUACUUUUAUGGAGAAAACUAGAAAACUUUAUUGAAAGGCAUUAAAAGAAAUCUGCACAAAUGGAAAAAUAACCAUGUUAUUUGGACAGGAAGAUCUAGUAUUGUAAGAAGUUGGAUCCCACUUGUUAAAGACCUAUCUGUGUAGAAUCCCAAGAGCUCUUCUUCAUAUAAUCCUAACAGGCUGAUCCUAAAAUUUAUAUGGAAGAUUAACUGAAAACCAGUCAUGAUGCUCUUAAAAAGGGAGUUUUGAAAAGGGUGAGGAGUUUUCCCUGUCAGAUACCAGAAGUAAGUCACAAAAAGUGCUAUAUCUAUAGUGAACAUGGGUUAAGUUCUACAUGAAAGUUAAGAAUUUGUGCACAUACAGCUGGGGUAUGGUGUACAGCAUUACAGAUAAUCAACCUAACAGUGCCCAGGCUAUAAGAUAACUAUGAAUCAACAGACAGUCCAGUAGAAAAAGUGUCAAAAGAGAGAAAUAGGCAUUGCACAGAAGAAAAAUAAAUGGCCCUUAAACAUUAAUACUUACCCUUAUAUGGCGAUACCAGUUCUUAAAUAUUAAAAUGUACUUAAUAUACUAGGUGGUAAGCACUCACUGCCUUGAGACACGCAAGUGCCACCCUGGCUAUGUGAGUCCCUAGAUUCCCUACCUCCCCACAACAAAAUCACAGGAUCAACACCUGGACUAGUGGGGGUCCUCCUACAUCAGCUACGUCUGGCUGUUAAAUAUUCUGAAUCACUCCUAUAUUCAACCUCAGUAAUUAUGAAAAUGAAAAUUAACAUCAGAAUGAAAUUCCACUUUGAACCCUUUAGAGGCUGGUAAGGUUGAUAAGGCUAGAUGCUCGCUAGCUUGGUAAACAAAGGGAACUCCUAUAAACAACUUUGAAAGACAGUUUGGCGUGAUCUCCUUCAUACAUAUGGUAUCUUUGUCUCCAUCUACACCUGAUGUGGAAGCAAUAUUCUUUAGUGCUCAAUAUAUUUUGAAGGGGGAGCGGGGAGAAGAAUCCAUACUAUGUGCCGGGCACUUUGCUGACAUUUUAUUUAGUCCUCAUAGUAUUCCUGAGAGCUGCCUAAAAUUGGUUCUUAUUUUACAGAUAAAGAAACUAAAACUCCAGUUAAAUAAUUUACCUAAGGGUAACGGGUUGCAUGUGGCAUAAUCAGGAUUCACAGCAAGGACUGAAAGCCCAUGCUUUUUAUCAGUUCUAGUUAUGGAGUCAGAAUAUAGCAUAUGGCAUAGAAAUCAAAUGUUCAAACAUUCUUGAACUUUAGUAUCUGUGUUUUGAUGUAGUUGGUCUCAGACAAGAGUUCUCACACUUCCAAGGGGUUUGUAAUGUGCCUAAAGUAGAAGUGUGACACGCAUCACAGAAGGCUGAUUUCAAUUAAUUCUAAGUGAUUUAAAGUGCAUGUACUGCCUUUAUGAAAAUUUUUAAAUAAAAAAAUCAGAAAUUAACACUAAGGCAAAAAUCAGAAAGAACAAAUAUCUCAGGGAUAUUGAGCACAAUUUAGUAAAUAUUUAUUGAGUGCCUACUGUAUGCCAAGUGCACCACACUAGAUGCAAGGAAUACUAACAGUAAAUAAGGUAUGGUCCCUACCCUCAUGGUACUUACAUUUUCACAACUUAAAGUGUAUCUCAAGUAUUCUAAUAACAAAUUUCCACCAUUCUCUUUUUAAUGUGAACACAUGACACAGCACAUUUACCAACCAGAGUUAUAAAACAGAGUAUUAGAGCUAAAAGAAAACUUUGAUAGGAUUUGUUCAAUUCUCUUGUUUUAUGGGGGGAAAAAAAUAAACUGAAGGAAUGGCCACUUGUGCCUAGAACUCAUGUGUUCAGAUUUUAAGUUUGGAGCUUUUCCCAUUUUCACGGUUCUCCAAAACAAUAUUCAGUACAUUUUUAUAAGUAUCAUUCAAAUACCUGUAACUUACCUAUAUAGUUGUUUCCUACUAGACAAAGACUUCAUAAUUUAUGUAUAUUAAAAUAAGUGAAUGCUCUAUUUACCCCAUUCUAGUCUUUGUGGUAAAACAGAGACCAUGCUCAUUCAAGUGCUAGUGUAUGCUAUGACUUCAUGCGUGCUCAGUAUUGAAGAUGGCAAGAGUUUUAUGUCCUGAGUAGCAUAUGCCUGCCAGGGCUUCUCUUCCUGCAGGCUUCACAGUGUUCCUAAAGUGCUGCAGUGGGGCCAGGGGGACACUUAGCUACUGAAGUACAAAUCCAGCCACUGACGACAAGGGGACCAAAGCCUAGGUCAAAGAGGUACUAUUUUCCUAGCUGGCAAACACAACCCACUAUCUCAACCACACUCUUACUAUAAGAUGCCAUAAGAUGCCAGGCACCACACUGGAUUCUAAGGAUAGUAAUAUGAAACAAUCUGUCCUUCAGGAGUGAUUUGGAAACUGAAACAAUAAUUACAUGCUAAGUAAUAUUAUAGGUACAGCACUGAGAACACUUGGGCCUAGAAGAAGGUCUCCAAACAAGACUUAAGAGACCAAACUAAGAAUGGGUGCUGGGUAUGGGCAAAAAGAGUAAAGUCCCACAGGUGAAAAGACAAAGCCACAUUCAUUUGAUCUGAUUGACCAAAGGUAUGAAGGAAGAAGCUAGAGGUCAACGUCUGCAAAGACAGUGGCAGGACGGGAAGUGGACCACAGUGUUCCCAGGAACACCAGUGAGGGCAUCACAUUUUUUAACUGCUGGUUAUCCAACUUCAAGAUUUCCCCCCAGUGUAAGUAAAUACAAGGGACCAUAUUCUGUCCCCACUGCAGCCAAUUCUGUGGUAGACUGGAGAGUUUGAAAAGUUCCUUUGAACAUAAUUGUUUUUUACCCUAUCAGUACGUCUGCUUUUUAAAACCAGGAUUGUUCCAUUUCUCCACGUAUGACCAGUAUUGUUUUGACUUUUCACCAAAUUGGUAAAUCCAAUUACAGUUAAUAAAAAAAAUGAAAAGACAGUAAUGAUAUCUUUUACAAUGCUUCUUAAAAUAGAUCUUUAAAAUUUCCUUUAAUAUGUUGUGGAUUCCAUCAAAUAUAACCAUUUAGGAUUGUUUUUACUACCUCUACUGGUAUAGCAUAUUUAUAGAAAUUAUUUUGAAUGUACUGUAUCUACUUCAAUUAGCAUAAUUUUACUUAAGCACUUAAGGUUGUCUGUGUUGCCAGUGUUGACAUAUUCAGGAAUUUAUGGUAUAGUUUAUGGGAUCAGCUUCUGACCCUGAAAUCUCACUUUGAGCCUGUUCCCACCUGGCAGGUGAUCCUGAGCAAACCAACUUAUCAGAACCUUGGGUCCAUGUCCAUAAAAUAAAGACAUUACAAACUGUC